CAAUCCAAUCAACUGCUGAAGGGGCGUAGUUGGGCAGUCCGGUGCUGCAGGCUGUGGGGCUGGUAGGGCUGGAGGAUGGCACUUGCGGCUGCUUGGCGCUCUGCUAAGUUCUGUUGGAAAGGAGAAGCACGGGUAGCGGCGCUAGCACAAGCCGGAAACAUAUCGAGGAAACGCAGAGAGAAUCCCGCGGAGCGCGGGCUAUUGCAGCACAGUGCAAGGAGCUGGUGCGUGCGAGCCGAGCCAUGGCUGUGGAGGAAGAAGGAAUACGGGUGUUCCAGAGUGUCAAGAUCAAAAUAGGUGAAGCAAAAAAUCUGCCAUCUUAUCCUGGGCCGAACAAGAUGCGAGACUGCUUCUGUACUGUAAACCUGGACCAGGAGGAGGUGUUCAGGACCAAGAUAGUCGAGAAAUCACUUUGCCCAUUCUAUGGAGAAGACUUUUACUGUGAGAUCCCUCGGAGCUUUCGCCAUCUAUCCUUUUACAUAUUUGACAGAGAUGUUUUCCGGAGGGAUUCAAUCAUGGGCAAAGUCUCAAUUUUAAAAGAAGAUCUGCAGCAGUACAAUAACAGGGACACUUGGUUCCAGGUUCAGCACGUGGAUGCUGAUUCAGAGGUUCAGGGGAAAGUACACCUGGAGCUGAGGCUAAGUGAAGUGAUUACUGACUCUGGAGUCAUCUGCCAUAAGCUUUUAGCACGUGUAUUGGAGUGUCAGGGCUUGCCAAUUGUGAAUGGUCAGUGUGAUCCAUAUGCUACAGUAACGUUAUUGGGACCAUCUCGGUCUGAAGCAAAAAAGACAAAGGUCAGGAAGAAGACUAACAACCCACAGUUUGAUGAGGUGUUUUAUUUUGAGGUAACAAAACCUUGCAGCUACAACAAGAAGUCUCAUUUUGAAAUUGAAGAAGAUGAUGUGGACAAGCUGGAGAUCAGAGUUGACUUAUGGAAUGCCAGUAAUCUAAAGUUUGGCGAUGAGUUUCUUGGCGAACUGAAGAUACCACUGAAGGUUUUACGGCAGUCUAGUUGUCAUGGAGCAUGGUACUUUCUUCAGCCCAGGGACAAUGGGAAGUCUGUAAAGCCAGAUGACCUGGGAUCUUUAAGGCUAAAUGUGGUUUAUACAGAGGAUCAUGUUUUCCCUAGUGAAUACUACAGCCCCCUUCGGGACCUUGUUUUAAAAUCGGGAGAUGUUGAGCCUGUGUCUGCAUCUGCUGCCCACGUGUUAGGUGAAGUGUGCAGAGAGAAACAGGAAGCUGCUAUACCUCUAGUCCGCCUGUUUUUGCAUUAUGGCAAGAUUGUGCCUUUCAUCAGCGCAAUUGCAAAUGCUGAAGUGAACAGAACACAAGAUCCGAACACAAUAUUCCGAGGAAACUCAUUAACCUCAAAGUGCAUCGAUGAGACAAUGAAAUUGGCAGGGAUGCAUUAUCUUCAAGUUACACUAAAACCGAUUAUAGACGAGAUCUGCGAGGCUCAUAAACCCUGUGAGAUAGAUCCGGUAAAGUUAAAAGACGGUGAAAAUUUUGAAAACAAUAAGGAAAACCUGAAAAAUUAUGUAGACCGGAUAUUUGAUGUCAUCACAAAAUCUGGUGUGAGCUGCCCCACCGUCAUGUGUGACAUUUUUUUCUCACUUAGAGAGUCAGCUGCCAAGCGAUUCCAAGGUGACCCAGAUGUUCGAUUCACAGCUGUGAGCAGCUUCAUUUUCCUCCGCUUCUUUGCACCUGCCAUCUUAUCCCCUAAUCUAUUCCAGCUCAGCCCUCAUCACCCAGACCCACAAACGUCUAGAACCUUAACUCUUAUCUCCAAGACUAUACAGACACUAGGAAGUUUAUCCAAAUCAAAAUCUGCAAGUUUCAAGGAGAAUUACAUGGCUGCUUUUUAUGAGAACUUUAAUGAACAGAAAUAUGCAGAUGCUGUAAAAAAUUUCCUUGAUCUGAUUUCAUCUUCUGGAAGAAGAGAUCACAAAAGAAUAGAGCAGCCAAUUCUACUUAAGGAAGGGUUUAUGAUCAAGAGGGCACAAGGGAGAAAACGAUUCGGGAUGAAAAAUUUUAAGAAACGAUGGUUUCGCCUUACCAACCAUGAAUUUACAUACCAAAAAAGUAAAGCAGGAGAUCACCCCUUGUGCAGUAUCCCCAUAGAAAACAUUUUGGCUGUUGAAAAAUUAGAGGAGGAAUCAUUCAAAAUGAAGAAUAUGUUCCAGGUUAUUCAACCAGUACGAACGCUGUACAUCCAAGCAAAUAAUUGUGUGGAAGCCAAGGACUGGAUAGACAUCCUCACUAAAGUUAGUCAGUGCAACAAGAAGCGCCUUACUGUUUACCACCCAUCAGCCUAUCUGAAUGCUCACUGGCUGUGCUGCAAGGCUACCUCAGAAAAUGCCCCUGGAUGCACUCCUUGCACAGGGGGCCUACCAGCAAAUAUACAGCUUGACAUAGAUGGAGACAGGGAGACAGAACGCAUUUAUUCUCUGUUUAACACCUACAUAUGCAAGCUAGAAAAAAUGCAAGAGGCUUGUGGAAGUAAGUCUGUAUAUGAUGGGCCUGAGCAGGAGGAAUAUAGCACGUUCCUAAUUGAUGAACCUCGAGAAACCUACAAGACCCUCUACCAGAUCAUAGAUGGAGUGAAAACAUUGGAACAGGAGCAUGCUCAGUACAAAAGGGAUAAGUUCAAAAAGACAAAGUAUGGAAGCCAGGAGCACCCCAUAGGCGACAAGAGCUUCCAAAGCUAUAUCAGGCAGCAGUCAGAGGUAUCUGCACAUUCCAUUUGAGCCAACGUAGGAUGCACUUGAAGGAUUAAAGCAGGAAAGAGGAAAUGUUUAAUCUCUGAAGAUGUUGGCAUAUGAACAGAGCAGAGAGUGCUUGAAUGCCUGGGCAAUGUUACCCAGUGCUUUGGACUUACGAGCAGAGACUUGCUGAGAUUUCAAUGUGUUUUGGGGACUGUUACAAUACUUGCUAUGCACUUUAUUCAUCUGAUAACAGAUGGCAGAACCUUUUUUUCGUUUGUUGUUAGCAUUUCCCUCUUUUCCUUAUGCUCGGUUCAGUGAACUGUGUCAUACAUGGACCUUUUGCUUUUUCUUCCUUAAAAUCACAUGCAUUCCUGGGGCUUAUAUACAGAAAGAAGUAAGGGGUUGCACAUGAGCUGUGCGUUUCUUAAAAUCCAUUUACAGCCUUAAUGCCUUCCCAAGGGGCAUUCAUUUAUCCUUGGCACCAUUUGCCAGUGUCCUGCCUAUUGAAUGCUCUGAAAUCUCAAGGAUUGUUUGUGGUUGUUCUGGCUUCACUUGAAAUAUUUCCUGUUGCUGAAAAGAGUAGAGGAGCAGAAAAGGCACUACCAGCGUUAUAUGGAGGUUAACACAGCAAUAAUCACUUUUGCAAAUUAACCUCCCAUGGACCAUGAAGCUGAGUCACAGAGAAUGUUUUGGUUCCCACAUCUAAUUAUUACAAAAAAUAUAUCAGGCAUCAGUGGAUGCUACCCCAACCAUUAUUUUCUUUGGUAAGUGCCAUUUAGCUAAAACUGAUACAGUUGCAUACACUUGAGGUAUGAAAUAAUUAUCCUUAGGACCUUAAAACUGGCCUUAAUGGUUAAUAUAUCUGUGGUUAUAAAGCAGGCCCUUGGCUGCCUGUCCAUCAACACCAGGAACAAAUGUGAUGGUGCCACCAGCUACCUUUGCUUUUACUGUUCUGCUUUAUUGUCCUUUGAGUGAUGGUACAAAAAUAACUACUGCUCUUCUCUCUGCACUUCCACUUUCUGUGCCAAACUGCUGCUUAGUGUUCUUAAUUUGUGUUUUAUUUCAGCCGAGCUACUGUAGUGUGACUUGCAUUGGGCAAAUUAAUCAGGUAGUUGCCCAUUUACUCAGAGGGCAGCUGAGCAAAGAACUGAAUACCAGAAAUUAAAAAUGAAUAGGAGAUGGCCCAAAAUUAAAGAUAAAUAAAUAAUAAGAAAUAAUAUGACAGUAUUAAAAAAAUAAGCUCACAAGUAAGCAACAAGAAAUAUGCUUUCUAAAUGGUAACUAAAUGCUAACUAAUGCUAUCUAAAUGGUAAUAACUACAUAAUGAAUAACAAGACUACAGAGUUAUGAAAAUGAGCAUUUCAACCAUAUUUGCCAGAAUAUCUAGGCCAGUAGUAAUGUGCGGGUCGAGAAAAACUUUACCUGUAACCGAGCCGACUUCUCCCCUCUAUUCAUAGACCUGCGCCCGGCCCGCAAUGUCAUCACAAAAGCGGCGCAUGCCUAUAAAUACAGAAGUCGGAAGAGGCAGCCGGCAGUGUAAGGUUUGGGCAGGGAGGGCAAGUGGAAGAGCUCAACCCAAACCCCCCCCCAACACCCACCAAAUGGUGUCCCGAGGUCGGUCCGAACCCGCGGGUAUCGGGUCAGCCUGCACAUCAUUAUGGGCCAGUGUUCACCUUAAAUCUCUUUCUUAAUGCCCUUCAGCUGUUAUCAGGGAAAGCCAGCGGGCAUUCCCUACAUAUCUUACCCUAACUGACCUUCAGGCUGAUUGCCCCAAAACCCUAGGGCUAGCGCCUCAGUUUGGUAACCACUGCUCUACAGCCUUUGUACUGUAUAUAUAAGUCAUUAUAUCAUAUAGUUUCAAGGGAUGCCUAAAAUGCACCCGGACCAAAAGUCACUUAUUGGGGUACACAAAAAGCAACCACUUGUUUUUGCAUCAUUAUCUAGCAAUAUUUUGAAUGGCAGACUUUUGUGUAGCUGGUUAUUUCAAGAUUAUAUUUUAGCACUGCCCUACUUAACCUAAUCUUAAUCCAGAAGAGCAGUAAAGGACAAGUAAGAGACCAUCUAAACAUUGUUGAACUACACUCCCAGGUACCAGCCAACACUCUUUCAACUACUUUAGGCCUUGCCCCAUUUUGUAGAGUUCUGUAUUUUCUUCUUCAGUGUUACAUGUUUUAACUGUCUCUUCAGAGAUGUUUUGCCAACGUGGAUGUUAAUAUUUGCUCAUUUACUGUGGUUAGGAAAGUAGGAAAAAAUGUGUUAAUUUUAGAAGAACUAAGGCAAAUGGAAGGAGUAUAUAAAAUAUGUAUAUAACGUGUACAGUGUUGUUGUUUGAAUUAGAAACUUUUUGUCAAAUGGAUAUUGGUAGUAUAGAAUAACAUUACAUUAGCAACGUAACUGGUUCAGCAUUUGGCAUUAGUGGCAUAAAUAAAACGUUCAUGCUGCAGUGAUUCCUAAAAGCCAAGUACCUCACAGUAAUUAUAGAGCACUGUGUUUAAUUGGAACAUGUUGCACACCCCUUUUGCACUGGCUCAUUUUCCAUUGUUUCUUACACUGGUUCUGUCUGUUAUGCUACUUGUCACUGAUGUGUUAUUAAGGGUGUUAGGAGGAGUACAAACUUGCCACUUACAGGCUGAAAAAAUCUACUUAAUCUACAUUUUAGCCUUCCAAGGUAUGUUUUUUUAAUGUAUACGGCAAAAGAAAAAUGCUGGCUACUAUGGUUAGGUGCCCAACCCGGUCUAUAAUUAUAAACAAUGAUAGGUAACUAGCAGUAAUGGAGAUGUUGCAGAAUUAAAACUGCCACAUAGCCUAAGCUAUCAGUGAUCUACGGUAGCUGACCAUGUGUUGUAGUAAAUAGGUUUUGAAGGCAAGUGUCCAGAAUGUGGUCAGUUGUGAUUAUGGCUAUGCCCUAUCAGGCAUGUUUAGUAUAAGCUAAAGUCUAGCCAAAAGGAACCAAGCAUUCUUUAUGUAAGGUCAUCCAGAGCCCAUCCUAUAUGUGUGCUGUAGUAAUUCUUAAUUUUCAGAAAACACAAUGUAAUUGUAUCUUUAAGGGGACCUCUGUCUGCUCCAUAGUAUAGGAUCUAAAUGCCAUGGGACUUCAUAUGUGCCCCCUAAAUAUUAUAGUUCCUUUGGAACCAGUCAGCGCUCCAUAAGUCACAUUCUACACUUUUUGUAGUGCAAUAUUUUUUUCUUGCACACAUAAAAAUAUAUUCCAGUUUUCUUGAGGUAAGUGGGCUUCUUUUGCUGCUCAGUCAGUGAGGCAGAGACUUACGGUGGCCAUACAUGGGCACAGGUUUGAUUAAAGACCAUGUUGGCUUGUUGAUGCGGUCCUUGCUCUGACAGCAGGAAUUCCUGUUGUUGUAAUACGAUUGUUUGGCCCAAUAUCUCCCGCCUUAAUGGGGCAACCUUCCUAAACAACAGGAUCAUAUAGUGUAUGGCCAGCUUUAGGAAGACUUUAGUAACAGACCCCCCUGCUGCUUAGACGUAAAGGGACAGUAUAUUCCAUUAGUUUAAUGAAUAUGGUUUGUUCUGAACAUAUUUUUGUUUGUUGCUUUAAUUAAGAAAUAUCUGUUUUUUGUUAUUUCUUGCAAAAAAACGGAGCAAAAAGUAAAAUGAAAGGUUCUAAGGAGGUGGUUAAAACAAAUUAUCAGUCUGCAGGUAUUCUCUCUGUAUAGAAAGCUGCUCCUUAUCUCAAAGCCUAAGAAAGGCAGAAGCUGGUUGACUGCAGGGGUUUGUUUAUACAGAAGGAUUCUCUGGUGAUUUGUUUUUAACCAACUUGUAAAAACCAGGAAGUUGGAUUUGUAAUCACUUUUUUACUAUUUUAGGUACAGUUUUUGACCUGUUUAGUGCAAGAAAUAAGAGAAACCAUAGAUAUUUCUUAAUUAAAACAAUAGGCAGAAAGUUUGUUCAGCACAAGCCUUAUUUAGUGCCCCAUGUUAAAAAGGGGGUAUACUGUCCCUUUAAUUAACAGUGAUCCUCGGAAAUAGGCACAUGAGGGCAUCUGGCUAUGCAGACAGCAUAAUAUACUAAAUUAGGUGAGCUACACAGCCACACAACGUAUUAAGUAGUAGUGUAGUAAAUACUAAUAGUGUAUGGAGUAUGAAUCCUGAUAUUGAUCGUAUGCUUACACAGGGCAUUUAUUCAAAGCAGUGUUUAACCCAGUGUGCUCACGAGUAUGGGCUCUGUGACCUAACUGUACAAUGUAACCUAAGCCUUGAUAGUAUAUUAGAACAAUUUGCCCCAGAAGCCUUUGUGAAGUAAUGUCAGAGAACAUAUAGGGUUUUUUUAAUUAGAAUUUCUGUAUAGUAACACCCACCCCAAGCCAUUUUCAAAAUAUGUCUGUAAAAUAUCACCCAUGCUGUAGAUACUGUUGUAAUAUUCAUUGUGGUUUUUACUUGAUAUUAAAACAAUGUUUUAUUAAUGCUCAGACUCUGAGAACUGAAGCUUUUUAUUGUUUUCAUUGUGUAUAGACGAAUAUGAUUGAUAAAACAACUGGGUUAAAAUCCCUAUUAAAUGAAAUUAAUACUGUG